UUAAGUUAUUAAUUAUAACUAUUAACUAAUAUUUAUGUGGUAGUUGGUAGGUUUGUGGUUUUUAUCGAUUGUAAAAAAGUGACUUACAUUUAAAGUAUAAAUAAAAUUGACUAUUAAAAUUGAGUUUCGAAUUAACUCAAACUUGUAUUAUUAAUGUUAACAAAUUCUUAAGAUUAAUUUGACAUGGAACAUAGAUUUUCGACUUAUGAAACUGUUAGUGCAAAAGCUUGCCCUAUUUACAUUAAAUUGAAGUUUCAACAAGUUAAGCGAAGACAAGAAACUUUAGAARUACAAAAACAAUCCCGUUCUCCUAUAAUGUCCCCAUACUUCAUCAAUAAUGCAACUGUUAUUUGUACUAUGGACUAUGUCAUGGAUCUUGGAUUCAAGCUAAGCUGCAGUCUUGACCCAACUGCUCACAUCAAGUACGUGUGUUGUAAAGCUUUGAAAACUMUUAGUAUUGUCAUCUGGUUAAUAAAGAACUUUCGGCUUGAAUCGUCAUUAAAAACACUUUUCUGUGCGUUUGUGCGGCCCAUUUUAGAAUAUGGAGCUGUAUUAUGGGACCCUCAUACUGCAGAUGAUGCAAGGCAAAUUGAGCGUGUUCAGCACCGAUUCCUAUGCUAUGCGGCUAGGCAUGUACUUAAGAUACCUUGUGCACCUCAUAAUUAUACACCGAUUGCUACUCAUCUAGGUAUGGCCUCCUUGACCGAAUCGCUGGAAAUUGAUGAAAGAAGAAAUGAAACUGUGGUACCAAUUAAUGAAGCAUAUGAACUUGCAACAUCUAUGAUGUAUUCAGAAUGGAUGCUUGAAGUACCUGAAGACAUUGAUAGUUGGAUUGCAGUGUUAUGUCCAGAAGGAAAACGAUGUUGUGUUAUUGCUCAAGAUAACAAAACAAAGACGGUUAACAAAUUUGGAACUACUCUCAAUUAUUAUUCAUCAUUGUUUCCUUAUGGAUGCCGUGCAUCAAAUAAUUGUCCAUCUCAUCGUAAACGUACUGUUUUAGAUUGUGUAUAUAGUUUCAAGUUAAAAAAAUAUUACAUUUUGGACAUUAUUGAGUGGAUGGGUGUACCUUAUACAGAUUUUGAUGCUGAAUUCAGAUUUUAUUUUAUACAAAGUAAACUUAGUGAAAUACCAGGUAUCAACGAAAAAUCAACAACAAAUUUUUACCCUUUUGAACUGGCUCCGCGAAUGGUUACUAGAGAUCUAUAUCAUCAUAUUUUGGAAAAAGGUCAAUUUUUUCCAGAUAAUAUUGAAUUAGAUGGUAUUAACUUUUACUAUCCAGAAAGUUUGUACACGCCAGGUGAAACCCCAUUAAUGCUUUGGUUGAAACCGUUCAUGAUACCUGAUGUCUUACAAAAGCCUGUCAAUGAUCAUUUAUUACAAUUACAUAGACCACCCAAUUAUGUUGACAUAUUUAAGUACAGUCAAAGUUUGAAAAAGAAAAAUAGAAAAUUUAAGAAGAAGAAAAAUGGUACUCCUAAUUGUGAUAAAAUGGAAGUAGAAAAUUUGGUUGAGGUAGAAAUGGACAAAGAUCCGGUUAUUGAUAAUGAAAUUUGUAUGGAAAAUUAACAUUGAUUUUGCUACAAAUCAUAGCCAAAGUAAUGUGAUAUUAUGCAUGUUUAAAAAUUGUUAUUAAUUUAUAAUAUAAAAUAAUAAUACAGAAACCUAUUUAAUGAUUAAAAAUAAUU